AUGGUCUCCCAGUCAUUCUACGCUGCAAAGCAUGCGAGGCACACUCAAGCACAACCUCAUAGUCAUCCUAAGGUCACCCUCAGGAAAGAAGCUUGCACAGCUCUCAAGUUUCAGCGAGCUGAGAAGUCGUGUCAAUUCAAGGACACGCUUAAUGCUGCAUGGAGCCAAAUAGACAAUGUUAUGGUGACCGUGGCUACCACCCAUCACAAGACCUUCCAUUGUGUACAGCACAAUUUGUACAUGGGCUGGGGAUUACUCUGUUCAAAGUGUUCAAAGCUUAACAUCUGGAACACGUUUUGCUGGAAGAAAUCUCAGGAGGCCAAGAAAGAAAACUGCAAUGGCCACGGAAAGGAAGCGCUCCAGUCACUGGUCCAUGACCAUAAGGAUGAAUACCGCACUCUCACACAGGAAGAACAAGAAGAGUUGCUCCAGGAAUUCACCAACCAGAAGGAGACCAAGAUCUCUGGGGAAUGCAUCUCAAUGAGGUCCAAGAUUAAUGACAUAACUCAAACCCUCAAGGUGGUUGAAAAUGAGCUCAAUAGUUUGAACUCUCGCACCGGCGCUGAGAUUAUGUCGUACAUGACAUGUGGUACCACUGAUCUGCCUCUCCACACAAUUGUCUUCAUGACACCAGGUGUUAAUCACUUCAUGGACUCCAUCAUGGGCAUUGACACUCAGGACUUCAUCAGCAAAAUGGAACAGUUUGCUAUCCAAGGGAUACAAGGCACUGCAAACAAUCACCAAAAACGUGUCUUGAAUCUUCAUGGAGAAAUUCAAGCAAUUAUCAUGCAGAAAUUGAGGGAGGUGACCGGCGAAAGCAAAGCCAAGAUGCAGUGGGCAGACUACUUUUGCAAUGUGGUCAAUCCCUAUCAGGUUGCCAUCAAAGGAUGGCCAGAGCAUAUUCCAUUUACAAACCUCAGCAAUGUGUCCAGUGCCCUUCCGGACCUUAAAUUUCUUUUAGACUCUUGGAAGAUGGGAGCUAUGGCCUGGAAUAUCUUGGAUGAUGAGGAACUUGCACAACUCCAUUGCAAGUGUGAUGAAAAAAUUAACAGUGGUCAAGUUAUCGAGUCUCGCUGA